AUGUUCGCAAUUGCGUAUGAUGGCGCCCAUCAGAUGUACACUCCGAAUUCUAUCGACUUUCCAGAGGGUCGCCCUUCGAUCCGUUUGGAAAGUGAUGUAUCGCUGGCGAAAGAUUCUCGCGAGCGUACACGCUGUGCGGUCUCGCUGCAACGUGUCGGCCCAGUGGUCGUCGAAAUGCAGCGCACACGUACGAUCAACCUGGAUGAGCGAGUUCUCACACCAAUUCAGAUCAUUGAUAUUCUUUUCCGUCAGUCGCUUACGUGCCCAUACAUACAGUACGUUAGCACUUCCCACAUCUGA